AUGCCUCAUUCGCAGGUAGCGUACACCCCACUCCAAAACUCCCGCACUCCACCUCGUUUCGGCCUGCAAUUACCGCGCUUUCGACCGGCGUGUCUCGUAUUUACGCUAUUUUUCGGCUCAGUGCCGCUCAUACUUCUCAUCCUCGCCUUGGUCACCUUUAUCACCCCCGGCAGUCAGCUCAUGCGCCCUUGCCUCCCCUUCUCCCUCAAUCGCCUAUCUACCUCAGCGCGUACACGGCUCAGCUGUCCCGCUCGACUACAAGCCCCCGCCCUUCCUUUGUCCCUUACUUCAACGUUAAAGCCGAUAACCCUAUCUUCCACCGCUAGACCAUACUCCACGAUGCCGGCCCCAGAUAAGGAGGUGAAGCCGCCUGUGUCUAGCGCAGACGUCAAGGCGGGCUCGAGUGGAGAGGCGGCCAAAACAGCAGGAAGGCUGCAAGCAGGGGCGGACGAGGGUACGAUGGGUCGGCUGGCGGGGUUCCUCGAGAGCCAGAAGAGCGAGUUUCUGGCGGAUCUGAAGGACGGCAAAGGCAAGGGAUGGGUCAUGGUUAUGGGCAAUGAAGCUGGCGACCUCGACUCCCUCGCUUCCUCUAUUGCCUUUGCUCAACUCGCGUCAUCCCUGCUCGCGGUCCGCACCAUCCCCCUCUCACUCACCCCUUCGUCCCUCAUGUCCCUCCGCCCUGAGAACCUGCUCGCGUUCAAAAACGCCCACAUUCCACUCUCGGUCCUACUCCACCCGGAGACCCUCCCUGUCCCUACAACGGACCUCGCGUCCCUCGGCGUCCGUUUCGCACUCGUGGACCAUAACCGCCUCCUUCCCCAGUUCGUCCCAUCGUCAGGUGAUACCACGGGCCUCGUACAUGCCGUCAUCGACCACCACGACGAUGAGGGUCUUUACGAGGACGCCGAGAUCCGGAUGAUCAAAGUCCCAACCGGAAGCGCGUCCAGUCUGGUCACCAAGCACUUUAUGCCGCAGUGGCAGGCUGCGUUGGCGGGCCCGGCGGGAGCAGCGGGCUCGCCCAUCCCGAACGAACUGGCAACGCUGCUCAUGUCUGCUCAACUUAUCGAUACGCACGGUCUUAAGAUCAAGGAGGGGGGCAAGGCUACACCCGUCGACCUCGACGCGGCGGCGUUCCUCUAUCCCCUCACCCCAUGGGCGGCUGGCGACUCGGUCACUUCCUCAUCACUCUCCACAUCCACUCCCAAACCGCUCGCGGAACAGAACUCCCUGCUGUCCGAGGCCAAAUUCAACGUCUCGUACCUCUCGACUCACGACCUCCUCUUACGUGACUACAAGGAGUACACCCUCCCCACCGCCUCCUCCUCUUUCCCCAACCUCCGCGUGGGUCUGUCUACCGUCCCUCUCGGCCUGAAAGAUUGGCUGGAGCGGGACGGAGACUGGCCGACAUACCUCGCUGCCGCAGACAAGUUUACGGUCGAGCGGAACCUUGAUGUUGAGGGCGUCUUGACGACUUUCAAGAGCAAGAAGGGCAAUUCGAAGCGGGAGUUGUUGCUGCUCGUGAGAGUGGGUGGGGCGCUGGAUGAUAAGGCAGCCAAGAGGGUCAUGGCGGAGCUGGAGGAGGGACUGGCGGGUAACGAAGAGUUGGGGCUGGAGCCGUGGGAGAAGAAGGGGUGGAAGAGGUUUUUGAAGCGCGAGGAACGACACGGGCUGGAUGGGGAGGGGCGAUAUGGUCGAGUCUGGACGCAGGGGAAUGCUGGGGCCACGAGGAAGAAGGUUGCGCCUAUCAUGAGAGAUCUUGUUGCCAAGCUCCAGUGA